AUGUCUCGGUCGCUACUCAACCGCUUCGACCGGCUGGCCUCAAAUGUGUCGUCAGCCGCCGCCCAAGCCCUCGACAAGCGGCAACAAACACCAUCGACCUCAGCGUCAACACACGGCACGAUGGUACACCCAUAUUAUGCCAUUCGAGUGGUCGAUGCUGUCACUAAUCGGGGGAUACCCCUGGCUUAUCUCCGAACAACGUACAAGGCUGUUUAUAUGACUGACAGCGCGGGCUAUGUUGCAUUCCACGAACCCGGCUUGAUGACUGGAGAUCCAAUCUGGGUCACCGUCAGCAGCUACGGCUUCGAGUCACCGACCGGUUUCCUUGGAAUACCCGGAAUGCAGAUUCAUCCCAAGGCCGCGGAAUCCAUAGAAAUCAAGCUCAGCAGGACACAAGUCGCCGAGCGGCUCUAUCGGCUCACAGGGUAUGGUAUCUACCGGGACAGUGUUCUGUUAGGAAAGCCGGUGCCGGUUGAGCAUCCGGUCCUAAACGCAAAGGUCGCCGGGAGUGACACCAUCCAGUGUGCGAAGUUCAAGGACAAACUCCUCUGGAUGUGGCAGGACACAGACCAGAUGGCAUUUCAGCUUGGCAACUUCGCAAUGACGGGCGCGUGGACUGACUUACCGCAUGAGCUGGACGCCGACAGAGGCCUCAACUUCGACUAUUUCACCAAGGACAACAAGCCAAACGAGUUUGCAAGGGGCAUGGUGGACAUACCUCUGCAGACCCCGGGAAGCUUCCCUCUGUGGAUCGAUGGUCUGACGGCAGUACGAGACGUCACGGGUCACGAGCGCCUUCUCGGCACUUACUGCGCCUCCGGGCAGGGGCUGACCUGUGUGGAGCGAGGCAUGGUCAUAUGGAACAACAAAAAGCAGAUGCUGGAGAGACUGGUCAAGUUCGAUGGCGCCAACAACGGCAUGGACGUGCUCGCUCCAGGAGGCCACACAAUCUUCGUGAAUGAGAACGGCACUCGUUACGCAUUUUACGGCAAGAACAUACGCGUCAAAGCGGACUUCGAGAGCGCCUCCCAGCAGUCAGAGUACGAGGCCUUCACCUGUCUGACUGCAGACGGGCAGCGAGCAAACAGGGGACCUAACGGUACCUUGAUCUGGAGCUGGGUCAAAGGCGGGACGCCGGUCAACUACGAGAACGCAGAUGCCCUGGUGCAGUCUGGCGUGAUAAGCCAGGAGGAGUCGCCUUACAGGCUCAAGGACGUGGACACAGGACAAGCUAUUACUGCGCACACAGCUGGAAUCGCGUGGAACCCUUACCUCAAGCUUUGGGUUAAUGUCUUUCAGCAGGCAGGAGGCGAUACUACUGCUGGAGAAAUAUGGUUCUCCACGGCCCAGGCGCCAGAGGGCCCCUGGACGGCCUGUCGCAAGGUUGCCACGCACCACAUGGACCGUGACGGGUUCAACAGCAACAGCAACGACUUGUACAACCCUGUUCAACACUAUGAGUUGAUGCGUCAUGGCGGAAGAUAUAUCUACUUCUCUGGAACACUUACGAAUACCUUCUCCGGGAACACGUUUCCCACGCCUUACUACAACUACAACAAUAUCAUGUAUAGACUAGAUCUGAACGACCCGAGGUUGAAACUGCCUCACCCGCCGGCGGGAUACUGGGGCACGAGACCCGACGAAAGCUGCUGA